AUGGAAGUCGACGAAGACGAAGUACAACGUCAAAAACGGAAAUAUGAGGUAUGUUUGAACAUUAUUAUCUUUGUCAUAUCUAUUGGAAUAUAUUUUCAAUGGUCUCUUUCAGGAAAGACGGCGACAGCUGGAACGAGAAGAGCGAAAAGCGCAGUUUGAAGGCUUAUUGUCUAGCGAAGAUGAAGAUAACACUGAUAUUUAUGUAACAGCUAGACAAAGAAAAAAGGAGAUGGCAAGUUUUACAUUUUUAUUAAUAUUCGAAAAUUUAGGCCAAACGCAGAUUAUUGCUUCAAAAUGCUUUGAGGAACAAACAAGAAGUUGUAGAAGAAGUUGACGAUAUUGUUGAGGAAAAGAAAAGGCGGAUAGAAAAAGAAAAGGAGGAAGAGGAGAAGAAGAAAACAUUGUUGGAAAAGCACAAUGAAAGGUUACAAAAGGAACAAGGUAAGUAGUGAUUGCAUUUUAUCUCUAAUGGUUUUACAAAAAGUACUUAACAUCUUCUUGCAGAUGAAGAAGUAGAUGAAACCGAAAAGAAGAAGCGAGAAGAAUCAGAAUUACUCGAAAAUGUCUCCAAAUCAGGUGCUUUAGUUACUGUCGGAGAGAUGGCUAAAGGUGUAAAGUAUGAAGAAGCGAUAAAAACAGCAUGGAGGCCUCCCCAUCACAUACGAAAACAGUCAAAGGAAGAUAUCGAGAACUUCCGGAAGCAAAGAGGAAUCAAAGUUGAAGGGGAAUCAGUUCCUCCGGCUAUUGGAACAUUCUCCGAGAUGAAGAUCCCACAAUGUAUUCUCAAAGCACUGCGGAAGAAAGGGAUUAUUCAACCCACCGUUAUUCAAAUGCAAGGGAUUCCAGUAGCCCUGACCGGGAGGGAUAUGAUCGGUAUUGCAUCUACGGGAUCCGGAAAGACGUUGACAUUCGUGUUGCCUUUGGUCAUGUUUUGCGCAGAACAAGAGUUGAAGUUGAAGUUUGAAAAGGGAGAAGGACCGUAUGGAUUGAUUAUUGUUCCUUCGAGAGAAUUGGCCAAGCAGAUUUUUGAUGUUGUUAAAUGGAUUUUAGAGGCGCUGCAAGGACAAGAUCACCGGAUAAAUUGUAGAGCUGGACUUGCUAUUGGCGGAGAAGCUUUCAAAGAUCAAGCGAGGACAUUUAGAAAGUAGGUGAUGAAUGUUUAGUGUCAGUUUGCCGUUUAGAUUUGCAGCCUUUACUUAUGACGUUUUUUAGUGGUGUCCACAUUUGUGUAGCGACUCCCGGACGUCUCAGUGAUCUCCUUAACCACAAAGUCUUUAAUCUCCAAGUCUGUAGAUACUUGUGUUUGGAUGAAGCUGAUCGGAUGUUGGACAUGGGAUUUGAAGAAGAAUUAAAAGGAAUAUUCUCAUAUUUUAGAGUACGUUUAACUGGUUCCUUUAGAGUACUCUGUUUUUAGGGUCAACGUCAAACUCUGCUGUUCUCAGCUACCAUGCCAAAGAAGAUUCAGAACUUUGCAAAGUCGGCGUUGGUUAAGUCAGUAGUUGUUAAUGUUGGAAGAGCCGGAGCUGCUUCAUUGAAUGUAACACAAGAGAUUGAAUACUGUCGAACAGAGGACAAAUUGACGAAGAUUCUGAAUUGCCUACAGAAAACACCACCGAAAGUUUUAAUAUUCGCGGAGAAGAAGAUGGACGUGGAUAAUAUUUAUGAGUACUUGUUGUUGAAGGGAGUGGCUGCAGCCUCAUUACAUGGAGGAAAAGGUACGGGGAACAGAUGUUUUCUAUAGACUGUCAGAAUUGAGCGUCAGAAUAUUCAGGAGUGAGAUAUAACUCAGCAUUGUUUUAGAUCAAAAGGAUCGUCAUUUGGGAGUCGAAGAGUUCCGUGAGGGAAGAAAAGAUGUUUUAGUUGCCACUGACGUUGCGUCGAAAGGUUUGGAUUUUGAAAACAUUCAACAUGUCAUCAAUUAUGACAUGCCUGAAGAUAUUGAAAACUAUGGUAAGUGCUCUAAUAGUAUUUUUUGAUUAUCUCUUUAGUCCACAGAAUUGGAAGAACUGGAAGAUCAGGAAAAAGAGGACUAGCAACCACGUUUAUCAACAGAAAAGCCGAUCUCUCUGUCCUGGCUGAUCUCAAACAUCUUCUUCUUGAAGCCGGUCAGAAGUUGCCCAUCUUCCUCAAAGAAAUCGCUGGGGAUCAGCAUGAAGUUGACGAUAAUUAUGAUGAAUCCAGUGAAGACAAGGGCUGCUCUUAUUGCUCUGGACUUGGUCAUCGUAUCACAAAUUGUCCAAAAUUGGAAUCAGUCAGAUCAAAAGCGGCCAACACAUUACUUCGGCCGGAUAUGUCAGCUCAAGAGGGAUUAUAA